AUGAGGCUCAUUCUGCUUCUGCUCUUCUUAGCUGUGGCGACCCACGCAGGUUUGCUGGAUCUUGGCAAAGUCAAAGAAUUCUUCAAAGGAGGAAAUCUCGGCGAAAAAAUUAAAGCCGCAACACUCUCGAAGUUCAAAAAGCUCUUCGAAAAGACUGGCGUUCUUUCACUUGGCAGCAAAUUGACUGAGUUGAGAAGUAAGAUGAUGAAAAAGCUUCAACUAUCGAAUGAAAAGAAAGCAGAAAUUGAUCGCAAGCUCAAGCUUUUCGAAAAGACUGGCGUUCUUUCACUUGGCAGCAAAUUGACUGAGUUGAGAAGUAAGAUGAUGAAAAAGCUUCAACUAUCGAAUGAAAAGAAAGCAGAAAUUGAUCGCAAGCUCAAGGAAAUUGAGGAGAGACGAGAUGAUACCGUUGAAGACUUGAAAGACACGAUAUUCGAAAUCAAUUCUGAAAAGAACGUCGGCAAAACUCUUUUCCAGAGUGAUAUCCUACUGACAAAGAGGCAACAAGAAGAAGUAAUGGAAGGCCGUCGAAGGAACGUCCGCUCGAUCAAAAGACAAGCGUUCAAGGAUCAAGCAUAUCCUAACACCACAUGGCAACAAGGAGUCUUCUACCGCUUCGACGAUGGUGUAGACUUCAUUACAAAGCGAAUAUUCGAAAAGGGGGCGAAACAAUGGGAAGAAGCAACAUGCCUCAAUUUCACCGAAGAUAAGGACAAAAAAGGUUCACUCGUCGUUGAAGAAGCGUCGGUGGUGAGAUGGCCAAUAGAUAACAUUUCAGCUGAAAACAGCAUUGUGCUAAUCAAGGAAGAUGGCUGCUGGUCAUAUGUAGGACGGAGUCGGUGGUUGGAAUCGCUACACAUGAACUCGGUCACGCGCUUGGGCUCUUCCACACCAUGUCACGAUACGAUCGUGAUGAAUUUCAUUACAGUCGUUCUUGAUAAUGUUGUGGAAGGUUUCGUAGAUCAAUACGUGAAAGAGACAAAUGAAACCACUACCAACUAUGGAUUUACCUAUGAUUAUGGUAGCAUUAUGCAUUACGGAGCAGCCAGCGCCUCUCACAACAAGAAACCCACAAUGCAAUGUGCCCGAAUGCGACCUUCUGCGAAGUGUCAAAAUGGAGGAUUCCCUCAUCCACGAAACUGCUCUGAAUGUAUUUGUCCAAGCGGCUAUGGUGGCACUCUUUGCGACAAACGACCGCCCGGAUGCGGAGAUACAUUGAAAGCGACAGAGCGCAAGCAGAUCAUCGUCAAAAGACUUGGUUUUGGUGGUGUGAGGGACGAGUUCGAGUUCUGCAACUACUGGAUUGAGGCUGAUGAAGGAAAGAAGAUUGAAAUUACGGUCAAAUCUAUUUCACACGGCUACGCUCAUGACGGCUGCAUUCUAGGAGGCGUGGAAAUCAAGACCACUGACGAUCAAACUCGAACUGGAUACCGAUUCUGCUCACCAACCUAUCGCGACGCAGUGCUUGUUUCGGCCUCAAAUCGCGUGCCCAUAAUCAUGUUCAACAGAGCCGGCCAGCAACAAUUUAUAUUGGAAUACAAAAUCAAGUCAUAA